UAUUUAUAAUUUUGUUGUUCUCAAAUAUAUUUCUAUAUACAUAUAGCCAAAUUUAAGUGUUAACUCUUUUCCAUUUUGUGUACUUUGUGUAUUAACAUUCAUAUAAACAAUUGUGUAUAAAAUAACAAAAAAUCAACAAUAUGCAACGUCCGACGCCGCACAUCUCGACGAGCAUCAUGAGCCGCAUGUCCAUCUUUGAAAAUACAGCGACGCGUAGGCAUAGUUUGGCCGAGCACUCGAUAGACACAAUGAUGUCCAUGUCCACCUCGCCGCCAGCGACGCCCACGGGCGUCCAAACGGAUGCUGAAGGCCUCAUAUUGCCAAAGAAGCUGAUCAAUCCCUGCAUAGAGAACACCGAUCGGAAGGAGCUGCAUCGGGAGCUCAAGUUCAAUGCACGCAUUGGUAAGAGUGUGCUCAAUCAGAAGAGUGAACUUCAGCGUGCCUAUGAGAAGCAAAAGGAACGGCAUGCAGCGGCCAUCGAGCAGCAUUCACCUGAAGCGGAGCUGGCUGGAGUGAAGGGGGAGCUGGGGCGUGUGAUCAUGGAGCGGGCCCAGAAGCAUGGGGCAGCGGCACAGAAACAGGAUGCCGAGGACGAUGAUGAGCGUCAAUAUGUCAAUCCCGAGUAUUUAAAUGUGCGCGCCAAGCUGCGUACGGCGCAUGCGCCCAAUUAAAAAAAAAAAAAAAAAAAAAAAAAAAAAAACAAGAAAAACAAACAACAAAAAAUUAAAAUAUAUGAGAAAAUUCUAUAAUCUUUUGAAGAGCUAAUUUUAGUUGUGAGCCAACCAAAUUUCUGUUUAAUUAACUCAACGUUUUAUGUGUGUGUUAACCAAUCUAAUUAGUAUUAGUCUUUAUACUUUGUUUAUAUCUCGAAGAACUUAAAUUUAGGUUUUUUCAUUAAUAUUGAUAUUAUUAAUGGAUAUUGCGUAAGCCGUAAGAUUAUAAUGUCUAGUGCUUCUUCUGUUGUAUGUUGAAUGACGAUAGUUUAUUAUGAUUACGUUUACGCUUAAGUUAAAAUUAUGAUUUCUGCUUUGUGUAUAAGAAAAACGAAACAAAACAGUGUAUAAAGUUUUAGUUUAUUAACAAAAAAAAAACGAUUCUUCUUCCAAACAACAAACCCCAACAAAUUGGCUGAAUGAAUGUACGUAUAGAUAUAGUCAUAGGUUUGCGAUAUAUGAUAAAACAGGGGCAGUCGAAGAUAGAGUCUAGCAUCUAAGCCAACCGAAUGAUUCGAGAGUUAAAACAAAAGAGAAACAAACUUAUAUAGUGUGUAUAUGUAUAUGAACUAUUUUAUGUCAAGCGACUACUUGUUGCAGUUGCAGAAAAAAUCUAAAAAAGAAAAAAAUAAAUAAAUAAAUGCUAUGUAUACAACAUA